AAUAUAAGUUAGACACCUUGGUACUCCACCACUCUCAAGGAAAGACAUUCAGAAAGCUGUCAUCAUGAAGGGACUUUUGAUUUUGGCAGCUCUUGUUGGAGUUUCGUAUGGACAAAUGAAAUGUCUGUUUUGUGAAAGUGCUGCGGAUAUCACCGACUGUCAGACCACUGUUGAUUGUGGAUCAAACGAGCGAUGCUUCCUUGAAAAAGUCACAACAAAAAAUCUUAACUUCGUUUACAAUGCCGGUUGUAGAUCUGCAGCCGUCUGCAGUAUCAUGGAUUCAUUGGCUGGUGCUUCCGGAAGAAAAAGGGAUUUGGUGAACUGUGCCAAGUGUUGUGAUACCACCAAUCCAAAUGAUCCCUGUAAUAUGAGAUUGUGUGGAGCGGCUGUAAAUGUUACAACGCCCGAGAGCUGUGUUGUUUGUGAUCGUCUCGUGUCCGGAGCUAGUUCAUGUUCUGAGCGGCAGGUGUGCCAAGACACUGAGAUUUGCAAAUCAGCAAUCCACAUUGUCGGUGGUUUGAUCAGAUACGAGUUUGGAUGUGAAUCAACAUAUUUGUGUGAAGCUUUCCUUAACAACGACCAGAAAACAACACCGGCUCCGGCAGGUAGAAGAAGUACAAUUGAACAUGAGGGUGUCACAAUAUGUUCCUCCUGUUGUCGGGGUAAAGACUGCAACCGUGAAGACUGCUACCUAACUCACACCAAAAUGACAGCUGAAAAUAUCAGGGGAACGACAACACCAGCCCCUAGUGGUUAAACCUCUUAUUUUUUUUACACUUUUAUCUGUUCUUGCAAUAAAAAAGGUUUACCUAUAAAGCAUCUUGAA